GUUGAACUACUUAAAUGCAACAGCUGACCAUGCCGGUAUUUGGCAUUUUUUAGCACAUUUUAAUGCAUACAAAAACUUUUUUGAGAAUGGCCUUAAAAUAUAUUGAUAUUGGUGCUAAUCUAACAGAUUCCAUGUAUCGUGGCUGCUACGGCAGCUCUACGAAACAUCCAGCAGACUUGGAUAUUGUAUUAGAGCGCGCGUGGCAAAAUGGUUUACAAAAGAUAAUUAUAACGUCUGGCUGCAUUAAAGAUGUAGAUGAAUCACUGGAACUGGCUGCAAAGGAUGAUCGACUGUACACAACAGUGGGUGCCCACCCCACACGCUGCGGCGAAUUUCUAUCCGAUCCGGCGAAAUACUAUAACGAUUUGCGUUCGAGAAUCAAGGCCAAUCCAGAGAAGGUAAUUGCUGUCGGUGAAUGUGGCUUGGACUAUGAUCGAUUGCAUUUCUGCGCAAAGGAAACACAGUUGGAGUACUUUGAGAAACAGCUCUGCUUGGCGGAGGAGUUUCAAUUGCCGCUCUUCCUGCAUAUGAGAAAUGCUCAUGAGGAUUUUAUGAAAAUUCUGGAACGUAAUCGAGAAAAACUCGAAACCUGUGGAGGCGGAGUUGUGCACAGUUUCACAGGCACAUUGGCAGAGGCGAAGAGCCUAUUGGAUUUUGGUGGUCUGUAUAUCGGUCUGAAUGGCUGCUCAUUGAAGACCAAGGAGAAUCUGGAGGUAGCGCAGCAGCUGCCUAAUGAGCGAAUUAUGCUGGAAACAGAUUGCCCCUGGUGUGGCAUACGACCCACCCAUGCGGGGCACCAGCAUGUGACCACCAAAUUUCCCACUGUCAAGAAGAAGGAGAAAUGGACUAAAGAUACGCUAAUUGAUGGACGCAGUGAACCAUGUCAGAUUAGUCAAGUUCUCGAGGUUAUAGCGGGCAUCAAACAGCAGCCCAAGGAGCAGCUCGCAGAGAUCUACUAUCAAAAUACAUUGGAUUUGUUUUUCAAAAGCUCCAAAUAAAUUCUAUUGUAAAAAUAUAUUUCUGAGGUCCACGGAUGCUACAAGUCAUACCAGAUCAAUUGACUGUAUACAUAUAAAUAUAAGAAAUUAACUUACGUAUGUUGAGAUUUAAUAGUCACACUCAUAAUGACUAUUCGUUUAAUAUUUUUGUUUGAGUGCUAGUAAGAGGCAAAGCUUGGCUUGAGGACGUCGAUGUGCCUCAAUUUGGUUAUGUUCG